AUGGGUCAGAGUCGCAGAAGCUGGUUCUCUUAAUGAGCUGAUGGGGUGUUUUGCCAAACCAGCAGAAAGUGCCAGCAUGGUUCAGAGAGCUUAGUUGCUGGUCGGCUUGGCCAUAAGUAAGCAGGGCACCUGCACAGACCCAUCAUUCUGUUCUUUCCCUGGGUGAGCAACUUUGUUCGGAAAGGAGCAAGAAAGAGUGAGUCACUGGAAUUAAAGGCCUGGGAUAAGAAAAAAGGUAGAUAACGUACCUGAAUUCACUUCAUCUCUCCAUCCCUUUCCAUCCUUGCGCGUCACCCGCCCAGCACCUCAGAUGCAGCCUUCCGUUCUUUCGAUUCCUCCCCCUCCUUUUCAGCAUCCACCACCCACGGACUUUCUCUCUUCCUUUAUGCCUACAGGGUCCUCCCCGUCCUGCCCUCUCGGGAGCUUCCAGUGCCGUGAGGGGGGCCAGGUGCCGCUGUGCCUGGGGUACAACGGGAAGCCCGGCUGCCAGGAUGGCAGCCCCACGAACGGCUGUCAGCCGGGAAAUGUCUCCUGCAGGAAUCAGGACUGUCGGUGUGGCGGCGGCGGGCCCUGCCUGCCCUUCGAGCGGUUUUGCGACGGCCAUGAGGAUUGCCCAGAUGGCUCCGAUGAGUCAGUGCUUCUCUGUGGAUCCCCGGUGGCCCUGCUUGAGGAGGACUGCGAAAAUGACGAAUUCCGAUGCCACCCGGGGGCAGAGUGCUUCCCCGUGGUGUUUAAAUGCGAUGGCCAUCCGGACUGCCAAGAUGGAGGCGAUGAAGCGGGCUGCGGGGCAGAUUGGCCAGAGACUUCAGUGACUCCACAAACAACCACAAAAGGCAACAAUGCUGCCCCAGAAACUCUGGCAUUGGACCAUUUGACCAUCACUGCCAUUGUCGCACUCCUGAUCGCAGUGGUGGCUGCAGCAGCGACAGCGGUGUGGGUCUCUGCAAAAGCCAAGCUUCCCCUUACAAAGUCCUGCCCCAAUGCAGCAUUCAGGCAGCUCAUCAUGGAAGACCAUCCGUGAGAUUUGCCUCCCAGUCAGGAAGUUGCUCCCUCGUGCAGGGGGCUCUGGCCCCGGGCACUUGGUCCUCCCAGGGCCCCUUGGGCACAGUCCUUGGACUUAAAAGGCCGGCAGCCAUGCUGGGACUUGAAGGAGCUGAGACCGAACAGGCUUCCUGGACCCUUGAAAGCCGCAUGGCCUCUGGGCCACUCUGUCUUCAGGAGAACGGGGUAAAGCGAAAUCUGCAGCUGGGGCUCUCUUCCUGCCUGCUUGGGCCGGUCCCUUGACAGCAGCAGCGCUGUGCCUGACACACACAUACAUGUCCACCGGCAGAAGCCUCCACACCAGGCUUUGAGGAGCCUGUCCAAGCAAAGCAGCUUUGCGUCCUCCGGUCAGGCCCCCCGUGGCUGGCCGAGAGGGUCCACGAGGAAGCGAGCCAGGGUUCUGCCUGUGGGGUUCCCCCUUCCUUUCAGGGUGCUCCUGGGGGUGGCUGCUACUCCCUCCCAUUGGUGCUUCCCUGCCUGAUGCCUCUGGGUGUGUUGGACAAGAACUCUCGGCCACCAGGGUGUGGGAUGGCCGGCGGAAGGAACCCCAGGCACAGUCGGUGUGGCCAAAGCCAAUUGCGUCGCCACCUGCAGGGACAGCCACCGGAUUGCCAUGGCUGUUGCUUCCCCAGAUUCGGUGGCAGGUGAGAAUCCCACCUGUUUUAGUGGAGGAAGGCCACCCCCAGCAUCCACCCUGUCCAGUCCAGCUCAGGGGCCCUGCUUCUGCAGCACCGAGGCAGACCCUCUUCCUGAAUGUGAACCAUUAAAAAGUGUUUCCGGACAA